UAUUUUUUCUGAAAGAGUUCUCAUUUGGGUGUCUAUUAUUUUUUCUAUUUUCCUUAUUUAUCUCUUGGAAACUUGUGGGUUAGGUAUUUAUGUGAUAUUUGGGUUCACUCUGCUCUCAUGUUUUAUAUGUGAGGUGGGUGUCAUGUUUUGGUUCUUCUGAUUGUCUUCUUUGUUUUAGCUUCUUCUGGGGUUUGUGGCCUGGUCUUGGAAAUUGGUUUUGUGAAGUGGGUACAAUGGGUAUCGAUACCAAUUUGGUGACCACUGUCAUUGGCUUUGGUUUGAGUGCAACUUUCAUUGUUUUUGUUUGCGCAAGAAUAAUUUGUGGAAGACUACGAGAGCGAACACGGACUAUAUAUGAAAUUGAAGCAAUAACAGAUAUAGAACGGGCAGAAUAUCAUGGUAAUGACCCUGCGCCUGCUUUUGUUGCUGCAAUCCCCACUUUGAAUUUCAACCAUGAAGCCUUCAGUUCAAUUGAAACUACACAGUGUGUGAUAUGCUUGGCAGAGUACAAAGAAAAAGAGCUAUUGCGAAUCAUACCUAAAUGUGGCCACACAUUUCACCUUUCUUGCAUUGAUAUGUGGCUGAGAAAACAGUCCACAUGUCCAGUGUGUCGUUUGUCACUGCAGAAUGCUCUUGAAACAAAACAUGUGAGGCAUGCAACGUUUACCAUCAGGCAUUCUCUUGAUGAGUCCAAUACUGCAGAAAGGAACACAGAUAGUAAUCAGAGGCUAGUUGAACUUGAUUCUAGUAACGACUCCCAACAACCAACUUUGGGAGAACCAGAAGCUAGACAGUGAUGUAAGAAAGCUAAUUGAAGGAGUUGUUGUAGUGUGUGUGCCUAAUCUGUGUAUGUAAAGGAACAUUGCUAGUAACUAACUCCCUAUAAAUACUAACAACACAUUUUGAUAUUUU